UUCGGUGCUGCAGGUCACGUGGCGUUUUCUAAACGGUAAGCACGAGAUUUGAGCAGUUUAACCGACGUUGCGCACAUUGCUGUGUCUUCCAAAGUGGAUUUUUAUUCUAUGGUUUCUUCCACUACACGACUUUUACUUCAGCCUUCACUUAGUUGACUGUGGUCGUUGAUUUCACAAGUUGCCUGCGGUACUGGAACCGCUGCCGCCCUGAAUACAACUUGUGCGAGCUCGCACAGCCAUGGAAAGGCCAGGGAGACCCUACACGGGUUCGGCGGAGUGUGCUCAGUCGGCAAGCGUGGAACUUCUGCCACCAGUUGAGACAGUGUGUAAGCAGCUGGAAGCCAACCUUGCUGCAAGCUCAGCGCUGAAGGUCUAUCUGCGCAUUCGGCCUAGAAUUGGAGGCAGGACAUUCACAAAUCCUGCAUUCCAGCCAUGUGAUGAUACAACUGUAGAGUCCACAACCGCAACUCUGGAACAUCAACAUCAAAAACGCUUUACUUUUACGAAGGUGUUUCCAGAGGGCAGCAGCCAGGAGCAGCUGUUUAUGGAGGCUGUGCGGGAUCCAGUUGAUGCCUUCGUGAAUGGAGCCAAUGUGCUGCUCUUUGCAUAUGGUCCUACUGCUGGGGGCAAAACAUACACCAUGCAGGGUCCACCCGCUGACCCAGGAGUGGUGCCUCGCACGCUCGACAGACUAUUCAAGCUGCUUGGGCCUCAGGUGUGCAAGGGUGCUCCAGUGCGCCCCGACUGCUUUGACGACGUUGCCUCGCUCAGUGCAGAAGAGGAGGCCUCGGCACUCUUGCUGAAAGCCAAAUUGUUGGGUGAGAAGGGAGCCCGCAGCGCUGCAGACUUCAGCACCUUCCAUCUGCCCACAAAUGAGAGCGAUGACUCACUGUUCCUGUCACGUAGCAGUGACGGCGGCUAUGGUGACAAAGCGCAGGCGCUGCUGUGGCUUUCAUUCUACGAGAUUUACAAUGAGGGCAUCUAUGACCUGUUGCUCCCAUCAGCUGAGGCAGCCUCAAAGAAAAAAGGGGGCCAGCGACGCACCAUUCUCAAGUUGGGUGAAGACCGGGCCAAACGUGCAUUUGUGCGUGGGCUUGUCGAAGUGCCUGUGCACUCGGCUGAUGAAGCGCAUCGACUGCUCUGCCUGGCACGCGACAACCAGACCUUUGCUGAGACGCAGCUAAACCGCAGCUCGAGCCGCAGCCACUGCGUCUUCACUGUGCGGCUUGUAGCCUCUGGGGUGGACAGCCGGGACGGUAGCCGGAACUGGCACGUCAGCACAUUAAUGCUCUGCGACCUGGCGGGUUCGGAGAGGCCAUCCAAAGCUGGCACUGAUGGGUCACGGCUUCGCGAAGCUGGUCGCAUCAACACCUCUCUGAUGGUGCUCAGCCGCUGCCUGGAGGGCCUACGUAACAACAAGGACGCAUCCAAGAAGGCUCCAGUGCCCUUCCGAGAGAGCAAGCUCACCCAGGUUAUGCAAGCCUACUUCACCACAGGUGGCCAAGUCUCUCUGAUUGUCAACAUCUGCCCAGCGAUGUCCAUGCUCGAGGAGUCACUGAAUGCGCUGAAGUUCUCUGCUGUUGCCAUUGAAGUUGUGCCACUGCAGCUGGAAUCGCGCCAUGUUCGCUGCAAAGAGGCUGUUCGUCGUCUGACUGAGCGGUGGCAGCGUGCAAGUGGAGGCGAAGGGCUUCGUGAUGGUUUCCUUGCACCAAAUGUGGCUGAGGACGUGGCAGCAUCUGCGGCCUUGGAUGCAGAUGAGGCUGAGGAGCUCUUCGAGACUAUCGAGGCUCUCGAGCGGGACCUGGAGGACAUCAGGGGCCAGCUCAAGUGGGCACAGAAGAUGGCUGCUGCAAACGAAGCCGAAGUCAAGGACUACAAGGACUUGGUGAAACACUUGGAGCUGGAGCUGCGCAAUCAGCGCGAUAGUGCUGACCGGGAGUUGGCAAUUCGCGUCCGCAAUGCCUGCGAGAUCACACGGCUUGAGCUCUACCGCAGGGCUGAGCAAGGCUCAACCAUGGACCUACUGGGGAAGCUCGAAAAAGCACAGUGCCGCAUUGUUGAGCUCGAGAAGGAGCUGAGUGAACAGACGACUGUGCGUGAUGUUUCGGGGGCUGAGGACUGCCACCGUGCACCCACAACAGUCGAGGUGGAAACACAGACCGAGGAAUUUGACGAUGGACCUACAGCAGCUGCCACACUGGAAGCACAGACUCUACUCUCUGAAGCAGCAAGCGAGCUGCACGACCUUCACAGCCGCCUCGAAGAGUCACAGUCUCGCUUGGCCGAUGAGCUGCAGGCCCGCAAGGAUGCCGAGGUUUCGGCCGAACAAGCUUUAAAACAACUGAACGACGUCCAGCAAAGACUUGCAACGCAAAUGGCUCAGCAGGAGGCCUUGGAACGGCAUCUGGAAGAGCUGCAACAUGCCAACGACAACAUGCAGCAGAUGGCCGCAGAGUCGAACUGCAAGCUCGAGCAGAUGCGCCGUGACAUGCAGGAGCGUGAACUUGCCUUGGAUGUGCUGAGAGAGCAGCUUGACGACAGGACCGAGGCCUUGAAUGUGGCUGAGCAGAGGGCACGUGCCAGCGAAAAUGAAGCCAAAAAGGAGGCUGCACGCAGAGCAUCUGUAGAAAAGCAGAGCAAUGCCAUUGCCAAGGAACUUGAGGAGGCCCGCAGACUGGCUCAGAGCAUGGCAGAAUCUCGGCAAGAAGCCGAGUUGCGCCUGAAGGCAGUGCAAGAUGACCUCCAGAGCUGUCGCAAGGAGCUGCUGGCCAGUGAGCAGUCGCACCAAGCUGCCAUGGCAUCCGUGGAAGCAAAGGAGGAAGAGCUCUCCAGCUUGCGCCAGGCUCUCGAGUCGGCCGCUGCCACUGAGAAGAAUGUAGAGGAAGAGGUGGCCAAUGAGAACUGCCCACGCCGUACUCGCCGCACAGCGCAAAACACCCGGCGUACAACUCGAGCCACUCGGGCAAAGGCUCGGUCAGUGGCACCAUCAGAGCCAUCGGACAGUGAAGGGGACUUCAAGACUCCAGUUCGUACCCCACGUGCACGUCGCACAAAGAAGUCAGCAGUGCCUCCAGAGGACCCACUGGAGGAGGAGGGCUCGAAGGAUCGUGCUGUCCUUGCUGAUGAUAAUGCAGAAUCAUCACCACUGAAACGUCUUGGCAACUUCGUCGUUGGCAUGCUGUCACGGGACCCAUCUAGCAGUGUGGCCACAAGCAGACGCAAUCGACGCCAGCUACUCUCCACGGAUGCUGAGUUUGUGGAGCUGUGUGAUGAACAGCAGCCAUGCACUACACGGAGGACAAAUUCUCGCAGGCAGGCCAAGUAAUGACUCAAAAGAAGAAACAGCUGCUUCUAAAAGCAUUUUAAACAAAUUUUAGCAGUAGACAUGUAUGUUAAAGUUCAUACGGUAUAAUGCAUACACUCAUUCCACAUCAGCAGGGUAGUCAGAGCUGGGCCUGGGGGCACCAACCACUUGGGUCAGCCCGUGCAUUGUAAAAUGUUAGCUGGGCUUUUUGGUUUGACAUAUGGCCGGACUGUGGGAAAAUUGGACACUAAAGAACAGAUUGCCCGGGUGCUGCCCCUUAAAUCUUUUAUCCCAUGUUUUCACUGUUUGCCAUAUUAUGUUCUUUCAUGUUCAUUGUACAUAGUCCAUGCUGUAACAUAAUUGCUGUAACAUGCCAUAUUUUAACUUUAUUUAACAUUUUAGUACAGUUUUUAAGCCAUGUGUUCUUUCAUAGCUCAUUACAUGCAGUUAGUAGCCACUAAGCUGUGCCGGCUCCUCAAUGACUGUAAUUGCAAGAAAAUGCUGGCCUGUGGAUUAUUGUUAUGGGAAACACAUGCUUUUAUGAAGGACAAAAUAGUAGGCAAUUUUUCGCAGAAAUCGCUAUCGCUUUUUUUUUUUUUUUUUUUUUUAGACCCGACACUGUCCACUUGCACAACCCUCACAUUAGGAUACAAGUCUUGCAACUUCUUCCUCAAACUGUGAGUGUGUCACACUGAGUGCGAGUCAGCAAGUACCUUUGCAACUUUCGGAGAGUUCAAGAAUUUUUGUUAUAUAAAUGCAUAAUGUUCUGAGCCAAGAUUCCAAGUGUAUUUUUUUGCAGUCAAAUAAAUUAUGUGCAAGUUUUCCUGCAAUUCAGGUGUACCUACAAUAUGAAAGGAAAAGCUGGUGUCCACCUGGUGGUUGCAAAAAGCUACAAAGGCAGCUCCUUGAAAAGGAAGUUUGCUAUUGACUAAAAUUUCAUCCUUGCCUAGGUAUUGUAUUCCGGUAGUGCUGAAAUUUUGGGGAACCCAAACCAAACUGGUUAGAGCUCAACGCCUGGAUUAAAAUUGCCAUCCAAGUUGCUUAUUGUGAUCAAGCAGACACAAAGCAGCAACACUGUAAUGCAGGCAACAAUGAAGCAUUAUACCGGUGUGUUGCUCCUCCUUAACUGCAUGCCGUUGCAGGUGGGGUUAGAUAUCAAAGUGUCAAUUCAAAUUGCCAUUCGAGCUACUAAAUGCUUUGGGUUUGAAGUGGUGCCCGAUUUUGGCCCAAGAGCUGCAAAGCGUCGUACUGGCUAUAAUAUCACAAAUCAAAGUAAACCUGGGUGGUCUAAGCUUUGUGAAAGCCCCCCAAGUGUCGAAACAAUGUGCUGCAAAUCAGCCUGAGGUCGUGCAUAAGUGCACUUGAGAGCAGUACAAAGUAUUUUGUUGGGCAAGUUGGUGAAGCAUAAAACUACAAAAAGUUGAGCUAGUUGAUAGGGAUUUAUGUUGGGAGUGGAACCCCUCGACCUAUGUUGGGAGUGGAACCCACAACCUUUGGUGUUAAGGCACAGUUAAUUAAGCAGGAUGCUCAAUAAGCAAUGCAGUUUGUUCAUUGCUAGGGAGGCGUAAUUUACUCUCUACCCUUGGACUGUGGGAAGAGGUAUACCGCCCAGUCUGGUAGGUGUAUGAACGACAGGUUUAAGGAACACAAGAAUCUGGUUAGAAAGACUGUCGUGUCGAGUCACUUGUCAUUACACUGUAGAAGUUGUGUUCGUGAACCGGUCAAUGGGGAGUGUUUGUUGAUUAAGAAAGAGAACAAGCUGACACGUGAAGUGAUAGAAGCAUAUGAAAUCUAUCGUGAUAAAGAUAAUUACGUAAGCACGCCUUCAGUGUCGCUGUGUAAAGGGCAGAGGGCAACAUGAGUGUAUUUCUUUUUUAUCACAUUUUUUGGUGUUUCGCUUUGUUAGCCCUCCCAUUGGCUGUUUCGGCCUUUAUAUAUGUGUUGCUUCUUCCAAUAAAG